AUGACUAGUAAUGUGGAAUCCCCCACACGCUACAUCAAUGCACUGAGAACUCAGCCAAAGAUCGAUGUCUCCAAAUCUGAGAGCUUACCCUGCCCAUACUGUAGCCACCAAGGAAGAAUAUUCCACAACAUUGACCAGCUAUGGGAUCAUGCGACCUUGGAGCACAGAUCUACCGUAGAAUCACUCGGAACUCCCACGAAAGCCCGUAGCCAAGUGAAAGAUGCGGCUCUGCAGAUAAGGGCUGUGACUGAACAGGUGUCGGAAGCUACCGCUGGUGGUGGGUCUACUACUCCUGACCUCACCAAUCUCUCCCUAGUCGAGACUGCAAAGGGACGCCAGUCUCCUUACUCAGGCAAGAAGAGACCUGCUGAGUCUGAUUUCAAUGCUCGUCGUGGAAAAGUACCAGGACACACAGAGAUAUAUGAUCCUGAUUAUUCCGGGAACAUCCCACAAACUAUGAUCUCUGAGCAAACCCGCUCUAAAAUAGCUGACCCAAGGCUGUUUGACCCAAGCAAAGUAACCAAAGGUACUUCGACCCCCGAUCCACCAAGUGAAUGGAGUUCUGCCCCCAAAUCAUUCAGUCCCAAAUCUCAAUAUCAUUCUCCUCAGCCACAGCGCCAACCGCCGGGGCUUAUCGAUAUUCAACGAUAUGACGCACGCUAUCCCGGCCUGCUCCUCCAGCCAGACUCUCGACCAAUCUCUCAGGAGCAACUUGCCUCAGAAGUUAAAUCCAUCUACGCUGGCUUGACAAUGGUGGAGACCAAAUGCAUCCACGUUGACAGAGCCCAAGCGGCAGCGGUGUCGGAUUCGGAUGCUGACCCCAGCUCUAAGCUCGCUACCGACCAUUGGCAGGCUCUUAUCGCUCUCCAUAGAACGCUCUUGCACGAACAUCAUGACUUCUUUCUCGCAUCACAACAUCCCUCAGCCUCUCCUGCUCUUCGACGUUUGGCCUCCAAGUACUCAAUGCCAGCCCGCAUGUGGAAACAUGGUAUCCAUUCAUUCUUGGAGUUGUUACGCCGUAGGCUUCCUGAAAGUAUUGACUACAUGCUAGCUUUCAUAUACCUCGCAUAUCAAAUGAUGGCCCUUCUUUACGAAACUGUACCAGCAUUUGAAGAUACUUGGAUUGAAUGCCUUGGCGAUUUAGGCCGAUAUCGCAUGGCAAUUGAAGACGAAGAUAUCCGCGACCGUGAGACAUGGGCUGGCGUUGCUCGGUCUUGGUAUAGCAAGGCCGCUGACAAAAAUCCAUCCGUUGGUCGAUUAUAUCAUCACCUGGCGAUCCUUGCUCGUCCCAACGCCCUCCAGCAGUUGUACUAUUAUGCGAGAUCUCUAACCUGCGUCAAACCUUUCCCCAGCGCCCGUGAGUCAAUCUUAACACUCCUAGAUCCAAUCCUUGGUCGCCCUACUACAUCUUAUUCACACGCUUUGCCGAUCGAUACUAGUUUCAUUCAGGCGCAUGGCGUUCUCUUUGAGAAGUUAACGCCUGAGACUUUCGAGGAUGCUCGAUUCGCGUUCCAAAGCCAGCUGGAUAACCACAUUGGUCGUGUUACUGCAAAAUGGAAAGAGCAAGGAGUAUACAUUGCCGUCACAAACAUCUCUGGGCUUUUCGAUUAUGGUUCCGAUGAUUCCAUCCUCCGCCUUAUUCUCGAACUUCACGCCAAGCAGCUUAUGCGGAGUCGGACUUCAAGCCGAUCAUCAACGCCUUCAGACGACGACUUAAGCAGGUCCUCGUCUCCUGUUGAUCACGACUCGACAAUACCAUGCAUCACCGAGGCUGAAGUGCCUGCCAAACUUGAUAUCCUUUCAAACGAUUUCACUUUCUCUCGGGCCUAUCUACUGACUUUUUCCACACUGUCGCUAGUCCUACGACGCAUUGGUGAUAAGAAUGUUCUUCCCCAUAUCCAUGUUUUGCUCUCGUUCCUUUCCAGUUUUGCCUCGAUUAAAUACGUUGCCCACCUCAUUAAUCACGCUCCUUGGUCCGAAAUUACAAUCUUUCUGAAUACGUUACUCAAGUCUGAACGGCCCGAACAACUCAUCACUGGACCGAUCUUCCCAACCGAUCAAGCUGACAAUCAACCCUUACCCGAAGAUUAUCUCAUCCGUGGACAAAUUUGGAGCCAAUCGUAUUUCCCCGAGAACUGGUUUGCCCGAGAGCAUGAUGAGGAAGAACGUUACUUGGAGCUUGCGUCCACAAUCAAAUCCAGAACGGAGCGCAUUCUUCACCUUGGCCACCACCUGUCUACUUUCAAUCGCUGGAUUGCAUAUGACCAACAGUCUCAUACGUUUUCUGUUCUUAAUUCCAACGACUCAUCUUGA